GUUUGAUUUUUUUUGUUUUUCAAUUUUAGUAUAAAUGAAGCCAAUAAGGUUACCAGAACCACCAUCAAGUCCACGAGCAAUGACUGGUGUGCCUGAUAUAUUUGAAGGUGGAGUACAUGGUGUAAUUAGACGAGCUGUUAUUAUUGGUAAUGGUUUUCCUGCUUCUGAGAAUCAAAGUAUUGGUUUGGUUCAAGCACUUGGCCUAUCCGAUAAGCACACUUUAUAUCGGGUUACUAGACCAAGAGGAGGAGUCAAUGAGUGGCUACACUGGCUUCCUGUAUCUUUCCACAAAAGCUUGUAUUACAUUAUAAGCCAGAUAUUUGGAAUUUUAUUGAGAAGAAGGGCUAGAAAACCGGGAACUUUGCCUAUGGGAAAUGGUGGCACAGGCUUGUCAUCUAUUUUGGAAGCUGACGUGAAGAGUAUAGUUAGAAUGGCUCGUGAGACAUUUGAGAAGGAUGGACCAUUGCUGGUGAUUGCAUCUGGAAGAGAUACGAUUUCAAUAACUAGCUCCAUAAAAAGAUUGGCAUCUGAUAAUGUUUUUGUUGUCCAGAUUCAGCAUCCAAGGUCCCGUUUGGACAGAUUCGACUUGGUAAUCACCCCCAAGCAUGACUAUUACCCUUUAACUCCUCAAGGGAAGGAACAAGUUCCACGUUUUCUGCACAAGUGGAUAACACCCUAUGAACCACCUGAUAAGCAUGUUGUACUUACAGUAGGAGCUCUACAUCAAGUUGAUUUUUCUGUGCUUAGAGCUGCAGCCAUUACCUGGCAUGAAGAGUUUGCACCUUUGCCGAAGCCCUUAUUGGUGGUCAACAUUGGAGGCCCUACAAGAUACUGCAGGUAUGGGGCAGACCUUGUUAAGCAAUUAACAGCCUCCCUUCACAAUGUUCUUGCGAGCUGUGGGAGCGUAAGAAUAUCCUUCUCCAGAAGGACACCAGAAAAGCAUUCUAAAAUCGUGGUCAAAGAGCUUGGUAUGGAUCCAAAAGUACACAUUUGGAAUGGUGAAGAGCCAAAUCCACACAUGGGGCAUCUAGCUUGGGCUGAUGCUUUUGUCAUCACAGCAGAUUCAGUUAGCAUGUUGAGUGAGGCUUGCAGUACUGGGAAACCUGUGUAUGUAGUUGGAGCUGAACGCUGUACAUGGAAGUUCACAGAUUUCCAUAAGGCACUUAGAGAGAGAGGACUGACUAGGCCAUUCACAGGACUUGAGGAUAUGUCAGAAAGCUGGAGUUACCCUCCUCUUAACGACACUGCAGUAGCAGCUACCCGUGUCAAUGAAGCUCUUGCUGAGAGAGGAUGGAAAAUUAAAGCAUAGAAUCCUUUUGGUCUAUAUUGUUGUUGUCACAGAUUUACUUUUUUUUUUUUUGUCAUUUAUGAUGUGUGUUCAGAGCUCUGAACAUGUAUUAUGAUGGAUUUAAUUUUAUAGGAGGGAAAAAAGAGAUAAUUGUCCAGAUAAAAUCAGAGUUGAACAAUGAGGCUCCUAUUCUUUUACCCGUUGAGGGUUUUUGCCACAUAUUGACAAAAAUAAAUGUCAAUCUUCAUAUGUAAAUUAGAAGCUGAUUGGGUUGCUCAGAGGAAUGUAUUGUUUUACGGUUUGCUUUG